UUGGUGGAAGUUACAGGAAACAGACAGAGAAAAAUGGAACAGAACGGAACUAUGGACCGCGUUACGCCUAUCGAACAGUCCAUCGACCACUCAAAUGAGUUCAUGUUUACACCGCCACAAAUCGGACCGAAAACCGAUGAACAAUCUGACGUUGAAACGAAUGUAGAAGGCGAGUCAACUAACAAUAACAAACCACCACUAGCACGAGAUGACAACCCUACGCAUGAUAACACAAUGAUCUUGUAUACUGCUGAGGAUAGAGUAACCUCAUUCCUGUUAAGCAUUCUAAAUGACAAACGGUUUAUCUAUACCCAUCAUGUUUAUAAAUACAUCAACGAACGGCUAUCGGGGGCCAAGAAAAAUGAAAAUACAAAAAUGACCGCAGUAAGUAGUCGUAUGAUGUAACAUGAGUUUAUUUUUGUUUUCGAACUCUCGAAGCGAUUAAGUUGGCUCAAAUCAUAACGAAAAUGUGUUAUAUAUGCUUGAGUGUGUGAUUUGUAAAUCUCAUAUAUCAUGAU